AUGUCUGUUGUGAUCCAUCAUCCAUCUUACAACCUCUCUGUCAAGGUAGAAGACAAGACUGCGUCUGCAGGCAAGAAGCCAGUGAAAAAGUCUGCUGCUGCCAAGCCGAAAGGAGAGAAAAAACCUAGCCAUCAUCCAUCUUACAACCUCUCUGUCAAGGUAGAAGACAAGACUGCGUCUGCAGGCAAGAAGCCAGUGAAAAAGUCUGCUGCUGCCAAGCCGAAAGGAGAGAAAAAACCUAAGGUGACCGCUGCGAAGAAAACACCCAAGAAGGUUUUUCGAGUCAAGCCAAGUGAAGCCAAUGCCUCCGCGGUCCAAUUGUAUCGAGUUAUUCAGCAAUAA